UAAUUUUGUAACUUUAAUGGUUAAAUUGUUUUGAAUUUUACAAUGAACAGGUAUGGUGUAGAUCCAAAAGUAAAGAAAACACUUGUCAGAAACGUGGAACAUAAAGUGAGGCCUACUGCGCGUACGAAAGUGGUACACAACGUUGAAAAUACCCCGUCCACAGAAGACCCGUCUACGAUACAAACAAGGGAAUUAGAUCAACCAACACUUUGUUCGAGUGAAUUAUUGGCUAAUUAUUUAUCUGGAGUCAAACAUUCUCUUCCACCACCCUUAUCUUCCAAAGAUCUGUGUGAAAGUAAAUCAGAAAUAUGUACCAAGAUGACAAAAAAGCUGAACUUCCACAUAAACGACAGAAUGUACAAGGAUCUUAUAGAACUAAAUGCCACUAUUGAAGACCAAAAGACAAAAAGAAAUGUGCGGCCCUCAAGCAGUGCUAGUUCUGUUAAACGGGAUGCAGAGCCAAAUAUUGAAGACUUCUUUGAAGAAGAGACUGACAUAGACACACCGCCUAAAAUACCUGUAAUAAAACCUAAAUUCAGACCUAUCCGGAAGGUGGAUGAUGGCGAACUACACAAAUUAGUUGCGAAUUUUGAAUGCUUAUGACAUGCAUAUGCCAUUAAAAGCUAUGCUCAACCUGUUUCAAUUAUUAAGUUGUAAUAAACUAUUUAUGACAUAA